AUGUCAAAUAAAUUUAAUUUUUUUGGAAACACCCAAAAUUAUGAAGAUGAUGAUUUACUAAAACAAGAAACCUAUCAAAAGAAUCAAGAUAUCAAUUUCGUUAAAUGCAAAAUAUAUAAUAUUAAUAAUAAUGAUAAUAACGAACUUAACGAAAUCAAAAUCUUUACAAAUCAUUUAAUCAAAGAAUAUAUAUGGCAGAAAGAACCAUUCAAUUUAAAAUUAAUAAAUAAAAAUAAUAAUAAUAAUAAUAAUAAUAAAUCACUAUCAUACUAUUACUCUAAAAUCAAAUUCGAUGAAUCAAUAGAUGAUGAAUGGUUUAUAGUUUAUAUAUUAAUAGAAAUAUCAAAAAAAUUUAAAAACCUAAUUAUUUCAGUCAAAGAUAACGAUGGUGAAUUUUUAUUAAUCGAAACAUCAAAAACAUUACCCAAAUGGGUAAAACCAACAAAUACAAGAAACAGAGUAUUUAUAAUGGAUGGUCAACUAAGAUUGAUACCGUUACCCUCGAAUCCCUCCCAACUAGACGAAAUACCUUAUAAAAUGGAUAUUGAAACUGCCAUCACAGUAUUAUCAACCAAUAAACAAAUAAAUACAACUGUAUCAAAUGAAACUACAAAAAUCCUAAACAAUAAAUUAAAAAAAUUUUAUGAUGGUGAAUAUUUAAUAGAACAAAAUCAUAUUAGUCUGGUCUAUUUGCCAAUAGGAGUUUCAUUUUUAUUAAAAGAAUAUCCACAAUUAAUAUCAAGCAUCACAACAACGUUUUAUAAUAGAGAUGUAGAUGAUAUGAAAUCUAUUACAACAAUGAAAUGGUUUUCAUCAGUAGUAUCAAACAACACCAAUAAAAAUAUUAAUAAUAAUAAUAACAAUACAAUAACUAAUAAUAAUAAUAAUAACAGCCAAUAUAAUGAAUUUAUUUUUACAAAAAUUAGAUUCACAAGAUGUCUAUAUGCAAUGUUAAAACUACAACACUUUAACUCACCCCGAAACUUCCCAAUCUCAUUACCAAAACCAUCACAUCCAACAUAUGAAGCAAAAUCAUUAGGUAUAAAAGUUAUUUGUGGUUUAGAAAUGCUCUAUCAGAAAUCAAAAAAAAAUCAUGAAAUUGAAAAACAAAACAAACUAAACUCAAAUAAUCCAGAAAAAUAUAAUUUCAACGAUGACUUGAAUUGGUUACAAUAUUUAAAAAAAAUUAAAUCUUCAGAUUAUUUCCAAAAUGAAAAAGAAGGUUCAAAACUAUAUAGGGAAAAAUUAAUACUAUUAAAAACAAACUAUUUAAACAAACAACAUCAACAAGGCCAACAAGAAGAAAGAAAUGAAUCAAAUGUAGAUGAUAACGAUUCAAAAAUUUAUUUAUUAAUAGAUAAAAUUUUAAACUCGCUAUUAUCCUCUAAAGAAAGUGAAAUAGUAAAACAUGUUGAAACUUCAGACAACGAACUAAUAGAAUCCGAUGAACAAUGGUUAAAUGAAGUACCAGAUAAAUUUGAAGAUUUAAUUAAUGAAUUUGAAAAAGAUGGUUUUGGUUUCGCCGAUAAUGGUGGCAGUGGUAAAAAUAAGAAUGUUAAUAAAAGUAAUAGCAACGGUAGUGCAAGUAAUAAUAGUGAAGAGGAUACCAUCAAUAACUUUUCAAAAUCUUUCAAAUCAAUGCUUUCACAACUAUCCUCGAUUGACGGUGUAAAUAUUAAAAACAAGAAAAAUGGUAGUCAAGGUAAUGAAGGUGUUUCAUUUGAUUCAAAGAAAUUUAUGGGCCUAUUAAAAGGUUUAGCAUCAAUGGGCGAAGAUGAAGAUAAUCAAGAUGAAGAUUUCGACGAAAGCGAUGAUAUGUAUCAAGAUAUUGAUGACUAUGACGAUAGUGAUGACUAUGAAAGCGACAAAGGAAAGAGUGAUAGUGACACUGACGAUGACGAUGAUGAAGAUUAUCAAAGCAGCAGCGAAGAAGAUGAUCAAGAAGAAUUUAAAUAUGUAGAGUUUUUAAAGAAAUCAACAAUGAAGACCUACAUGAAACAAAUGGAUAAAGAGUUAAAUUCAAAAAUUUAUACAAAUUCUUCAUUUGAAGUUGAACCAACUAUUAAUCAAAUUUUAACACCAGAAGAAAUCAAAGAAAACAAUAUAGAUAUAGAUAUUAAUAAUAAUAACACAAACGAAGAUGAUACAAAUAAAAAAGUCAAUUUAGAUUUAAAUCUUGUGAAAAACUUAUUGGAAUCAUUAUCAGAGCAACAAGGUUUGGCAGGUCCUGCAUCAAAUUUAUUAAGAGAAAUGAAAGAAAAUAAGCAACAAAAAGAAAAAAAAAAAGCAAAGAAAUCAUCCAAAAAAAAAUAA